AUGGACGCAGAGACAAGGGGUGCCGGGGCUGCUAUCGACCUUCAGAGAACCUCCAGCAGAUCUGCGUGGCUCUGCAGGGUGUUUUGGUUCUGGUGUGCUCAACCCCGUCUGGAUAUGUUUGUGCAGCCAGAUGCUUCCCUGGGAUACUGCUGGCCUUUCCAAGGGUCUCAGACUGAGGUGCUAAUCCAGUUGCCUGCACAAAUACAGCCGACAGCCAUCACUGUACAGCACACAUCAAAGACAGCCUCUCCACUGGGGACUGCCAGCAGUGCCCCCCGCGAUUUCACUGUCUCUGGCCUGGAUGAGGAAAGCAAGGAUGAAACUCUGCUGGGGGCAUUCACCUACACUGUGCAGAAGGAGCAGACCCAGACCUUCCCUCUGAAGAAUGAGGUUGCCAGAGCCUUUCGGAUCUUGAAGCUUGCCAUACAGAGCAACUGGGGAAAACCAGGAUACACCUGCAUUUAUCAAGUGCAGGUGUAUGGGACGAUUGUGGGAACAAAUGCCAUGGGCCAGGCACGUGUGGAGACCUUCCCUCAGUAA